AUGAAUUCUCCUACUAAAGAAGGAAGUAAUCCAGCUGACAAUGCUCUCAAAAAUUUAGAAAAUGAGGCUCCAAAUGACUGCAGUGCAGAUAUAGAGCCUUCAUUUGCUGAUUCUAAUAUGAUUUCUCAGGUGGAAAGCAACCCAAUGAACAGGGCGCUAGAUGCACCAACUUCCCAGGAGCAUGCUGUUCCUCAAGCAGCAGAAAAUACUGAGCUUGAAGUAGAAGAAACCCAAAAAGAUUCUCAUUCCUAGAACAUGGGUUUUGCUCAUGUCAGGAUUAGGGAGAAUUACCUGAGUAUCCCACUAGUAAAAAUUGAUAAAAACAGUCCCUUAACUAACAGAGCAAGACUCUACUCAGGAAAAGUGGAGAUGAAAACAAGUGAUUUCUGUCAUAACACCAUAAAUUACAAAAUUUCUCUCCAACCCUCAAUUUCAUGGAGAAGAAUCCCAUUUAUUAACAAUCAGAGAAGAAUGAUUCUCCAUCUGCUCUGUGGUAGACAUUUCUCUCAGGCUACAGGUCGUCAAGAUACCAUGUGGGUGAAGCAAAAGUAUAUAGCAUGUCUUCCUCAUCCAAAUGUCCUCACUCACGGUGAGAGAACCAUGAUAUUUGGAAGACCUUUGAGGGUGUACUAUUACCGUCCCCUCAUUGAGAGAAUGACACCAUGAAAAUUUUACAAAUCAACUGAUACUAAAGGAAAGGAUGGAUUCCACAUUUUUGUGAGGCCUGUGCUCUGUAUCUCACAAGCCCAAAUUCAAAACACAUUUAAUUGAAAAGCUUUGGAGGAUCAUUUGAGAUCUCACCACAACAUGAGGGUUGUGAUUAUAAACACCAAUAAUGGUUGGAAAUAACUAUGCCCCAUCUGCGGAAGUAGUUUCAACAAUUUGAUUGAAUUAAGACAACAUUCCUGCAGCUUUCCUGAGAAUUAA